GAUCAUUAAUUAUUUUCUUGGAAUAUAUUGAGUUUAUUUUGGAGGAGUCCUCUGUCAAAAGUAGUAGUUCCACCCCGGUCCAACAGGGGGCGUCUGUUUUGUCUGAAUGUAGCUCUGAGGCAAGCGUGAUGAAGUCCUGAGACGUCAUAUCCGGGUGAAACCAUUGUCGGGACAAAAUCUGAAACUAUAAACAGGUUUUUGCUGCGGUGGGAAAUUAUUGUGGUUAUCAUCUCAGACGAAGGCCGGUCGGUGACCGAACCGGAUAGUCAGACGAUCCGUUUUGUCUUAUGGUGUAAAAGAUUACUCCACGAUGAGGAAAAGGAGCUCGGAGAAAAAACGCCAUGUGGUCGCUUGGGUCAAUAAAGCCGAGUGGAACCAGGUUCUGGAGAACCUUUACUCCAAAGACGUCUCCCUGCAGAAGUUCGCCCUGCAGAGGAUCUCAGCCUGGAGGGGCAGGUUCGCGCACAGCUCCCCCGUGGCGGUGGACUGCACCGCCGACCUGGUGAGGUGCCAGGUUCUGGACCGGUCCGGACAGCUGAGCGGAGACGAGCUGGUUCUGCUGUACGGGGCGUCCCUGGUGAGGUUCGUUAACCUGAUCACCGAGAGGCAGCAGGGGAAGAUCGCGCGCCCACUCCGGCGGCUGGCGGGGAACCUGAACAUCCCAGAGUGGGUCGUGGAUCUGCGGCACGAUUUCACCCACAGGAAGCUCCCCUCUCUGAAAUGGUGCCGAAGGGGGUGCAAAGUGGUUCUGGAGUGGCUCCAGCAGGAGUACUGGUCCAGGCAGCUCGGAGGAGGUUCUGAUGAGGGCUGGGAGUCUCAGUCUGAGGAGGAGGAAGACCCCAAACGCCAGGAGGACGAACUUCUGGCCAGGCAGAAGGAAAUGGAGGCCUACAAGAGCGCAAGAGAACUCCUGAUCUCCUACGAGAGGGAGCAGUUCCAGACCUUUGACGAGCUCCACCAGGUCCAAGAGAACAACCUGGGACAGGCUCCUUUAGCUGACAUGAGCUGGCUGCUGGGGGAAAUCAAGCAGUUUUCUCUGGAUGCCAGUGACAUGCUGGUGGACGUGUUGUUGGAGGAUGGGUUCCUGGUUCCCACGGUGGAGCAGCUGGAAACAUUGGGCUGCAAUCCCUCUGAGAAGUCGGAUCCCACACAGCCCAGAAUCCCCCAGGUCUUCCUGCACUUCUGGCUCCCCCUGUUCAGGGCGCUGAACUCGGGAUUUUUCAUUCACCUCCUCCUGGAGAAGCUCUUUGCGGAGCUGAAACUUCUCAAGGAGGAAGAAAGCAGCCACAGGGCGUUCUUCCUGUCUGCCUGGACGUCGGAGCUCCUGCUCUGCAACAACAACAAGUUUGAAUACCACUUUGAAACAAAGCAGCAGAAGAAGAACCGAAUCAAAGACAGGAUCUUUGUGAACCGCAUCCAGCUGCGGUGGCAGCAGCUGCUGGCUGCGUGCCUGGAUGCUCCCUGCAUCAGCACACCUCACCUGCUCCAGUUGAUCCUGGACGACAUGGAGCACCCCCUCCCCCUGGAAACCCGGCAGAAGCUGCUCCAGCUCUGCUCCAUCUACACGCAGGCCGCACGCGGUGGAGGGAGCGCGUCGCCGGAGCCCAAACGGCAGCCUAUCUACACUCUGGAGAAGCUGCACGAGAAGCAGAAGCAGCAUCUGCGGCACGUCGCGACUGACAGGAGCGAGUCCGAUCACAAGGCUGCAGAUGAUUUGGCUGAGAAGGCGAAGGCGCUCCGAGGUUCUCCUUGGCAGGUGUGCACCGAUAAAGUCCAAUGGAAGAGCUUUCCUCUGGGGAAGGUUCCCGGACAGUCGGAUGAUCCCUCCUGUCUCAUGGUAGAAAAUUACUCCACAAUGAGGGUCUUUGACCAGCCUGUGGACCUGGAGAGCGGCGGUGCGCAAAAAGUGCCAGGAGUCUCCGCCCCCGCCAGAACAGCUGAAGGCUUCCUGUGGAGCCAGAGUGACUUACACAGGCUGAAAUCUGGACUGGUGCUUUUCUGAAUACGCUUAGUUUUUUUCUGAAUACAGUAAAAAAAAGUCAGUAGUUAAAAUGUUUUUUUAAACGUAAUAAAAUGUGAAAACAAGAAAUAUUUAGUUAUCUGCUUUUUAUCAUGAUGAGGAGUUAAUACGUCAAGAAGUAUUAGAAAAUAAGUAUUAGAAAUUUCUCUCUUUUUUUUGCUUUGUUCAAAUCAAAUUAAUUGUAAACCUUGAAUGUUUCUAUUGCGAAAAACCAGGUGUUUUCAUUUUAUUUUUUGUGCACUUGAAAAUAAUAAAACGCUUUCAAUAAAAAAA